ACUGCCCUCGCCAGUCGGACGGUUUUAGUUCGCACCUCUACCUCAGGACAUCCCAAUGCCACUGAAGCCUCGGAGAAACGCAACGGGACAGCGGACGCCAAGGAUCCUCAACGGUGUUUCACAAAGCGUAAUCUGAUAACAUAUUUGAUCACUUAAUGCCGAUACAGAACUCAUGCGAACUUUUCACAGCAGCCUGAUCCCAUUUUGUAAUUUCAUUGAGUAUGGGAAUGAGUUUGAGACACUCGCUUCGCACCGCAGUCUUGCUGGGCUGUGUUAUAAUUUACAGCAAUGUGGUAUGUCCCGUGGAUGCCUACCUUUACAACAAUCGCUACGCUGGUGACCAGGUCUUCAGAAUCACCCCAGACAGCCUCAAAGAUGUUGAUCUACUACAGAAACUCUUUCAGAACAUGACUGUAGACCUGUGGCAGCCCAACAGUGCGUCCCUGAUCCAGGAGGGCAGUCCAGUGGACGUCCACGUGGGCCGGACGCUCACUCAAGGUCUGCACCUUCAUCUCCAGCAGAAGCACAUCCAGCAUAAGGUGCUUAUCCCCAACCUUCAAAAGGAAAUCGAAAAGCAGACGGGAUAUCGGUCCGCAAGAAAGCGCCGCUCGGUGUUGCAGUACGAUUACGAGGUCUAUCACUCUCUUGAAGAGAUCCAGAGCUGGAUGUUUGAGAUGAACAGGACCCACUCACACCUGCUGGACAUGUUUUCAGUGGGCAGAUCCUAUGAGGGUCGGCCACUCUAUGUGCUUCAGUUGGGAAAGAGAGGACGGCAUUACAGGAAGGCGGUGUGGAUUGACUGUGGUGUCCACGCUCGGGAGUGGAUCGGACCAGCGUUCUGCCAGUGGUUUGUUAGAGAGGCGCUGAACUCAUAUGAGCAUGACUCGGCCAUGAGACGUCUGAUGAAUCAGCUGGCCUUCUACAUCAUGCCCGUGCUCAAUGUCGACGGCUACCACUACAGCUGGACCACCGAUCGAUUCUGGAGGAAAACACGCUCCAAAAAUCACAAGUAUCAUUGCCGUGGUGUGGAUGCCAACCGGAACUGGAAAGUGAAGUGGUGUGAGGAAGGAGCCUCGUCCCACCCCUGCGAUGAGACGUACUGCGGGCCGAGCCCCGAGUCAGAACCGGAGGUGAAGGCCGUGGCCAAGUUCCUGCGCAAGCGCAAGAAGCAGGUCAAAGCCUACAUCUCCAUCCACGCCUACGCCCAGAUGCUGCUCUACCCCUACUCCUACAAAUACGCCAUGAUCCCCAACUUCAACUGUGUGGAAUCUGCAGCUCACAAUGCAGUGACGGCCUUGUAUUCUGCGUAUGGAGUGCGAUACAGAUACGGACCUGCCUCAACUACUUUGUACAUGAGUUCUGGGAGCUCCAUGGACUGGGCCUACAAGAAUGGAAUCCUGUACGCCUUUGCGUUCGAGCUGCGCGACACCGGCUACUUUGGCUUCCUCCUGCCCGAGGCACAGAUCAACCCCACGUGCACUGAGACCAUGAGGGCCGUGAAGGCCAUCGCCUCAGGGCUACUUAAGAAGUGUGCUGUCUGAGGACCAUAUUUACGGUGAAUUACAGACUACCACCCUCUCAAAGGUGACAAAAGUAACUGGUGUGUGGAAGUGACAUUUACACUUUUUUUAACUGUACUGGCUAAGUUUUUCUUACACCACCCCCCUUCCCUUUACCUUCACACUGUAACCUGGGAGGAGCCAUUCUCACAGCCUGCCUCUUCUUCACACCCCUGGGUCCCUUUGCUCUCAGCCACCUAAAGAUAGUCAAACUGUGAAUAGGAUUGGGUAAAGUGGCCUGGUGCUCAACUGGUGGUCACUGGCUGAUAGAUAAUCAAUGCAGUGUCAGCUAAAAGAUGCCUAACCAGUACAAGAUUGGCAGUACACCCACCCUCUGCUCAUUACCAUGGUGACAAGGGAGUGGUAGCCAAAGGGUCUUUUUAACCUCAGGUUAUUAAAAUGAGCAAGACUGGUGCUGUAAGUCUUGAUUUUUAAGUCCACAUGUGACUAGAAGAACUGUUCUAAAAUGUUCUUCCUUACAUAGUCAGUUGGGUUGUUUAUUUUCAUUUAUGUGCAAAUUCAGAGAUUCAUAGAACCCUUUUUGUUCUUCAUAGAACCCUUUUUGUUCUUCAUACCUUUUUUUUGAAUGACAACCUUUUUUUCUGUGAUAAUCUAUAAUAUGCCAAAUAACGCUUGUUAGUAUAGGGUGAUCACAAGCACUUGAGGUCACAAUUUACUGACAGUGAUGGCGUCAGCACAUUGAGAUUAUUCUGGUUUACAGAGCACUUUUAUCUCUUUGGAUUGUCUUGAAUUUUUUAAAAUGCGGCAAACAACAACAUAAAGCUAAGCAAUUUGUGGUGUGUAAAUAAUAUACUUACCUAUAUUUUUGUAAAACGCCAAGGAAAUUUUUCAGGGACAGCUGAAUGUUUCUCGCAUAGUCUAGACAUUACAUUAGUAUUGUACAAAAUGAUAUGCACACUCACUGUGUUUCUUCGACAACUGCCAUAUUACGCUAGCAAUGCAGUAUUAGUGAUUCUGGUGAUUAGGCCUUACAUAGCAUCACAGUAUAUGUUUGAGAUCUGUACAUUUGUGACAAAAAGGGGGUUCUGUUUUUGCGUCCCUUUUGCCAACACUAUAUGUAUUGUUUUGAGUUUAUUUGAGCUUGACGGAUAACAGAUGCUAGGAACAAUCAGCAACUGUUGGAACUGCAUGAAAAGAAGCCUGGGUGUACCAACUGACUGGGGUAAAAGCAAGGAUUCUAGAAAAGAUUUCUCUGAAAUGAAAUGUAUGCAGUCAUUGUAAAUGCCACAUAAAGACAUUGUAGAGGAUGUUUUGAAAUCGAUAGAGACCUGUUUUGUCUGUGAAUUAGCAGUGUUUACCUCACUUGAGAAGGCUGCUCUCAGUGAGUACUCACUUGUAACAAGAAUAUGUCAAUGUGUCUCCUCAAAACUAUUUUGUAAUAAAUGUAUUUUAUUCUUUUA